AUGCCAGGAAAUGGUCCAAAGUAUUAUCCAUGCUGUCUUUGUAAGCGCCGAACAGUUCCCUCUGAAAGAAUUGGUAUCAAAAAAGAUUAUGUGAGGCUUUUGGCAAGGCGAUUUUUGGUAUCAGUAGAAGAUGGUGAUGUUCUGUGUUCCAAAUGUAGAUUAAAAUGUUACAAAGAAGAAAAAAAGAUGAAGUCACAUUUGAAACAUACUAGAGUAGAGCAAACACAUGAUGAAUAUGAACCUCCAACAAAACAAACCAAAAUCAGAAAUCAGCCUCCUUCCAGUCCCCCAUCUGUCUCUUUAGAGCUACCAACGACUAAAAAUAAUUUUGAACCAAUCGGCGUGCCAUACCAUGCCUACUGCUUUAUUUGUAAACGGCCAGGGCCAAAGAUAAUUGUUGUUCCACCACAUCUACGAUUGGAUGCCUUCAUCCGUAAGGGUAUCGUUGUUCCGGCAGGAGUUAGAUGCUGUCCUGUACACAUUGAUGCCGACCAUUUUACACAAGAUGCCUUAGAGAAAAUAACCCCAUUAAGUGAAGAAGUCGCUUUAAGCAGGACAAGCAUCAAAGAUUUGUUAGAGAAUUCAAGGAACUUUGUAAUAGACAGAACGAAACAUCGACUUGAUUUUGACCACCGGCAGGCAUUAUCGGAUGAGGAUUACGUAACACUCACAGGCUUGUCAAAAUCAGAGUUUGAUGAAAUAAUGUCAUAUAUAAAUGACCAGGACCUUCGAGAGACAGCAACACGGAGUAUCAGAACAUGCGUAGCCAUACUUUUGGUUAAACUUCGAUGUGGAUUGAGCAACAAAUUCAUCGCAACUCUAUUUACAAUGAAAAAGCACCAGAUAUAUUUUGUUCUGCCAACAUAG